AUGCUCGGUGGCCGCCAAACAUAUCACAUAGGCCCAACCAAAGUGACAACUCCAAUGUACAUUGUGCUGACCAUUGCUUUCGUAUCGGAUACGAUACUUAAUUCAAUGCACAAAUACCAGCCCCGAUUUCACUUAGUCCGAGCAAACGAUAUCCUGAAGCUACCGUACUCUACGUUUCGGACGUACGUGUUUAAGGAGACCGAGUUCAUAGCCGUUACUGCAUAUCAAAAUGAAAAAAUAACGCAAUUGAAAAUAGAUAAUAAUCCUUUUGCGAAAGGAUUUCGUGAUACCGGCGCUGGAAAGCGGGAGAAAAACCACUCCCAAAUUUCUGGCUCUUUCCCUCUUUCCAGCUGUUCCGCUUUCCGACAAUCGCUGAUAGGUCAACGGAGUGGGGAUGGUGACAAGCUAAGCCCGAGUUCUGUCAGCUCCUCGCGAGGUCCAGCUGGAUUGGACCACCGAACGAAUAGCAUAUCAAAUCUAGACGAUGAUGACAAACUACUGGAUGUCGUUGGACCACCGCAAAGUCCACUUCUCUCCCUCAGCCAGCAGAUGCAGCAUCAUGCAGGCUGGUUCAACUUUGAAGACGUGCAGCGAGCGGAGGAAGCUAUGCGAAGGCGACUUCAAUCCGACGAGAACGAGCGCGACGGAAGUGAUUCCAAUUGCUCGGACAGUGUUUCAGGAAGCACAGGUGCCUUUCGUCCGACUUCGGGCAGUCCUAAGGAGUCAUCCAGUAGCGCCGGUACAUCAUAUCCUUCGCCGAACAUCUCCGUCGGGCCACCAAUCCACCCGCCUCCACACUUGUUACCGUAUCUCUACCCGCCGGGUCUGUAUCCCCCGCAUCAUCUGUCACUGCUGCACAACCACGCAGCAGCGGCAGCGAUGAAUCCUAGCUUACUGUUCAAUGCCCAACUUGCCCUGGCGGCACAACAUCCGGCCUUUUUCGGUCACUACUCUGGUCACUCACCAUCCUCGCCACUGCACAGCCUCAAAGGCCAUCGCUUUUCACCGUAUAGUUUACCCGGAUCAGGUAUAGGAUCGGCAUUUGAUGCCGUCACACCGGGGUCCAAUUCUGGAGGUCCGCGUAGUCUUAGCAGUAGUCCCCAUCCACGAGCUGCCUCAAAUUCGCCGCCCACCAGGCCAAUCUCGGUUUCGCCAACACCUACGCAGAAUCCCACGUCCCCGGUUUCGGCAGAAACAACGUCCGCCGCUAUACCACCACCACCACCAUCGGCUAAUACGGCACCAACGGUCACAACUAUGCCUUCAAAUUCACCGUCCGAGUUGAAGAGCAUAGAAAAAAUGGUCAACGGGUUAGAAGUGCAGCACAACAUCAACGGUAACAUGGAGAAUAGCAAAUUGCAGCAACUCGCGGGACACGAUCAGUGA